CGUGCCAGUGCGCGCUUGCGUUCGGUGACGGGAGCGCAAAGUGAUCAGCGGAUCUUUUCGAUCAUCAUUCAGAUCAAUAAUAGUAGUAUAAUAAUAAUUAUAAUAAUAGCACCGUGCGUGCGUGCGCGCGCCUCGCGUCAGAGAGCUGUGCGUCAUUUCUCUCCUUUAUUUUUGAAUGUUGUCGCGCUGGAGGAGUGAUGAUGGAUCCUCUCAGAGCGAGCUGAUCACGGUCAGUGCCGGAGGAUCAUGUCCUAUGUGUCUUCACAAGAUGGAAGGUGUGUGUCUCCAUGUUCUCGGCCUCACACUCCUCUGAAUGGCCACACACACGACUCCCCCGGCUGGAGCCGCCAGCUCCGCGUCAGAGAUGGAGACCAGUUCUACCUGCUGGAUCAAGAGGAGGUUCAUCCAUUGCUGAUGAAUGAUCACCGUCACGUCUCUCACCGACACAAACUGCUGCGCAGGACCGUCAGCGUACCUGCAGAUAGCAGACCCCAUCCUGAGACAG